AUGUCGGCCUCCAAGCUGCGCUUGCCGACCUACUCUUCCCUGCUGCAGCCCAACGACAGCGAGGAUGUGAACAGUCCGAUGAGCCCGACGAAUCAACAGCUGGGCGACGAAACGAACCAACGCUGCGACGAUUAUCGGUGUCAGUGCAUGGAACACCUUCACACCUGGCACCAGGGCCAUGGACCCUUGCUGGACGACCUGGCGUCGUUGAUCGCCUCUUCGAGGGAUCGGGUCUUCUGCCACGCGCGCAUCAGCAUCCUUCAGGUUGAACCAAAGACCGGGAUGUUUCAGGUGCGCAUGGUGUGCCAAUGGGCCUUCCGCACCUUUUCCCCGAAGAACGACACGGAGAUCAGCUAUCGCGGCGUGCCUGGCAUUCGCGUGCCAGGCAUCGAAGUCGAUGUGCUCGAGAGCCGGGUCUGGAAGGACUUGGAGUCCACGAAGAACAACGAGAGCUGCGCGCAAUGCGGCUCUCCCAACUCGACCAGGAAUAGCAUCUUCUGGAGAGGUACCUCUAUCUUCGUCUUGCGCGGCUACAAGCGCUACUGGGUGCGAGAUUUUCCCUUUGAUCGUCAUGUCAUUAGCUUGCAUCAGAUGGACUUUGUUUGGCGGCCGAGCAAAGACGAGGCCACGUUCUACGACACGAUGAAAGUGGUACUGCUUAAAGUUGAGACGACCUCAGUCUUGUCGGAUUGGACUCCCAACACCGCUGUGGUCUCCGUAGACGACGGCGAGGUGAAGACGCAUGACAGAAGCAUGCCUCUAGCACCAGAUGGGAGCGACCACCUGAACCACACCUAUGCUUCGAAGUUUAAGAUUCGACUUCGCAUUGAACGGGUCCAUGGUUUCUUUGUAAGACAAAUCUUCGUCAUCUCCACCUUGAUUUUUCUGAGCAGCUGCUCGCCGCUGGCCUUGCCCCCCAAGCAAGAUACCAUGGACACGCGCUUGUCGGUCUACAGUGCAGGUUUGCUGACACUGGUGGCCUUCAAAUACGGCAUCAUGGACCACUUGCCGAGCGUUCCAUACUCCACUUUUACGGAUGAUUUUCUGAUGUGGCAGAUCUGUGUGAUUGUUGUUCUGAUUGUCGAGUGCCUGGUAUCCUUCAGGUGCGAAGUGGCGCUAAUGCAUAUCAUCGAUGAGCUGGAGAAUGGGUUGUUGCUGUUUCUGGGGGUGGUUUGGAUCACCUGGCUGCUCUACAUCUCCCGCUGGAAACCCGUGAUGCGGGAGCCCUGGUGUCGCAUCCCCUUGGGAGACACCGAUGCUUUGGAUGCGGCGGGACAAGAUCUCUUUCGUUCGUACACCUCCAAGAACAUCCUGACUCACAGCACGGGGCUUGACCGGAACCUCGAGAGGAAGGUCAACAGCGUCGCUGCCUUCAAGGCCCCCAAACUGGCCCAGCCCUGGUGCAAAUUCCCCUGGCGGGAUCCGCCGAAGCCAAGGUGUAUCGACGGUUUUCGACGGGUGGCCCAAUUGGCGGAGCGCGUCCAGCAGCUGGUGAUGGCGCUGCAGAAGCGCUGCGACGAGGACAAGGAGGAGUUGGAGGUACAGAUGGACAAGAUCCACGCACGGCUGGAAGCUCGCAUGGGUGCCCUGGAGCGUGGUGAGGACGGCACUUUGGGGCGGGAAGCGACCUGGCUGCGGGAGGCACGCGGCAUGAUUGGCGCCGCGCUGACAGAGGCGCAAGGACAAUGGCGACAAGAGCUGGCGCAGAUGAAAGGAGAACAACGGCAACAGCUUGGUUUGCUUGAGGAACUGGCUGACGCCUCGCGACAAAGCAGCGCGAGGAUGGAGAAGGCAGAACGGGCCUUGCAAGUACACGAGCGAAGUGUACGUCGAAGCGAAGAGCAGCUGAAGGCCAUCAGCAAAAUUCAGGAGGUUCCUCCAUGGUAUGCUCAACUUGAAGGUGCCAUUGUGAACGUGGAACGUCAAGUGAAUGAGCAGCAAGUGGCCGUUGAGGUGCAAGUGGCAAGGCUCCAGGUGGAGUGCGAUGGCUUGCGUCGCCGAGCCGAAGUCCUGGGCGGUAUGCGCGAGGAGAUACUUCAGGCGAUGGAUGAGAAAGUGGCUGUUUGCCGGGAACCGCUGAGCUCGGCGAAAGAAGACAGGUCUGGCGUCUUGCUGAAACGCUGCGAUGAACUGGACGCACGGCUGGCGUCGCAGAAGGUGCACGUGGAGGCCCACGAGCAACGCUUCAGCAGCUUCGCCGAACGCUUGGAGGGCUUGCAGCAGGAGGUCUUUGAUUUGCUGCAUCAAGGCGCUCAGAAGCGACGCGAGGAGCUUCUAGCGGAGGUCGAUGGGCAGAUGCGCGUCCUGAGGGAGCGGAUGGAUACCCUGAGCGAACUCAUGGACGAGCUGAUGCUACGACAGGCAUCUUCCGACGGUCGAAAGGGUCGCUUCAUGCGAUCCGCCUUGCCUCGACUCUCUGAGGAGGAGGCGGGUGCUGAGGGCUUCAAGUAUUUGCUGUCCAUGAAGAUGUGGUCCCAACCGGGCCAACGGGGCCUCGCUCGCCCCCCGGGUUCUCAGGAGCUCAGACUCCUCCACGAGAAAAAGUGCGAGGCACUGGAGGAGCUGAAAGGCCUUGAAGAGGCCUUGACGGCCUGCGAAGAGAAGGAACGCAAGGAGGCGGAGGCCACGGCACGGAACAAAUACGCUGGUCUUAUGAUGUUUUAUGACAUUUUGAUGGUGAAAAUCGCGGCUGCCAAGCUGGCCGCGAAGCAUAGCGAAGAUUCCUUGCUGGUGAACAAGCAGUGUGUCCUGGUCUUGGCCAAAGACUUCACCGCGAAACGUGUGCGCACCAGCGAGUGGAAGGCAGGUCGCUCACGGCGUCGCCGGUGUGGCCGGCGCAGCCGUUCUUUCGCUUGGGGCUUGAAGGCACGGCGACGUGGCGGCUUCAGCUCGCGGCAAGCUUUGGUGAAGGCCAAAAAAGGCAAGGAAGGAAAGGAUGUCGAGGUCGAAGAGGGCGAAGAGAAGGACGAUGUCGAGGAGGAGAGUCCAGAGGCCCUGGAUGUGCCAUUGGCCAAAAGGUCCUUCUGCAAGGGAACCGAACUGAAGGCCUUCCUUCCCGAGCUGGAAGACCAGCGGGUGGCAGCGCUGGUGACGGUGCCACAAGGAAGUCUGAGGGACCAGGAUGACUUAGUGGUGCUGGUCUCCAAGAAUGGUUUCGCCAAGAAGGUGUCGCUGAACCGCUUUCGCGGCUUGCGGCCCGGGAAGGGCAUGCCGGCCAUGAAACUGGCUGAAGGCGAUACUUUGCGCUGGGCGCACAAGGCCGGCGCCAACUCAGCGCUGGUGCUGGUCACCGCCGAGGGCUUUGCGCUGCGCGUCUCACUGGGGCAGGAUUGGUUCCUCAGUACCGCUAAGGGGCCGGCUCGCCCCAGAUCGGAUACGGUCCCUAGUAAGAGGCUUUUUAUGCCCCUGGCCCGGCGUGGCUCCUUGCGCUGCAGUGCGGCGCCAGGUGCUCGCCGUGUGGCGCGCUGUGCCAUCGCUGGCGAUGCAGCGAAUCGCAGCCGGCGGCUGCGGGCAGAGGGAAGAGCCAAGAUGGAAGAAGAACAGAGGAGACAAGAGGUUGCCACGCUUCCCAGCAGCUCGUCGCGGUUCGCGGAGGUCUUGGACGCCCUGGGCGUGGCGUUGCUGGCGCAGGGGCGACCGCAGGAGGCGGAAGAGGCCUUCCGCGGGGCCCUUCAGAUGGCAGAGCCCAUGGACGCGGAGUGGGCAUCCAAUAACCUGGCAGUGGCCUUGAAAGCGCAGGGCAGCGAACGCUAUGGAGAAGCGGAGCAAAUCUAUCGCGCGACCUUGAAACGGAGGCAAGAACGGAAAUCUGGAGAAAGUCCAGAGAUUCUGACGAGUCUUAACAACUUGGCCGUCCUUCUCAAAGCAGAAGGCCAAUGGCCCGAGGCCGAAGAGCUCUACCGCCAGGCGCUGCAGGGGCGCAGGCGCCUCUUGGGAAAUCUGCAUCCAGACACCCUGACGAGCAUCAACAACCUGGCCACCCUCCUGUCCGGCACUGGCCGCAGUGAAGAGGCCGAAGGGCUCUAUCAGGAGGCUCUGGAGGGAUGUCGGAAGACGCUGGGUGAAGAUGAUCUUGACACGCUCUUCAGUGAAGAUAAUCUUGGCGCCUUGCUGUUUCGCGAAGGUCGCCCCGGAGAUGCGGAACCCUACUUUCGCCGAGCGCAGCAAGGCCUGUCCAAGAAAUUAGGAGCCUUGGACCCUGAAGCGCUGCGGUGCGAGGACAACCUUGCGGUGACUCUCAUGGCACUUGAGCGCUUGGACGAAGCCGAGCCGCUUUUGCGCAAUGCGGUGGAAG